CCCGGAAGGGGCUGGAGGUAGGGGUUGGCGUGUGUGCGACCCCGCUAGGUUGGUGAGGUGGGUGCAGUUAUCUGUGAUCCAGAUCUCUCCUCUCUCCUCAGUUUCCCCUUCCAGUAUCCGGGCAAGGGCGGUUGGGUCCUUGGGGGCCUACUCAGAAGGAGACUGAAUUUGCGAGGGGACUUUCUGUUUUAGAGGAGAUUCUAGAAGGCUCUGAGAGUGGGUUUCUGGUCCCAACCUCCUUUCUGAAUGUCUUCUCUCCUAAUACAGGGACGCUGCAGGCGGCGAGAUGUCCUGGCCCGGCCUUCUUUAUGGCCUCACCACGUCCCUCAGUCGUGGCCUAGCCCUCGCUCCCCAGCUCUGGGCCGCCCGUUCCAUGGCCACCCUGAACCAGAUGCACCGCUUAGGCCCCCGGAAGGAACCCCCUAAGCGUCUGGGCCCCACAGAGGGCCGGCCCCAGCUGAAGGGUGUGGUGUUGCGCACAUUCAUCCGAAAGCCGAAGAAGCCCAACUCCGCCAACCGCAAGUGCUGCCGAGUCCGCCUCAGCACAGGCAAAGAGGCUGUCUGCUUCAUCCCCGGGGAGGGCCACACCCUGCAGGAGCAUCACGUGGUCCUCGUGGAGGGUGGUCGCACCCAGGACCUGCCUGGGGUCAAACUCAAAGUUGUGAGGGGCAAGUAUGACUGCGGCCACGUGCAAAAGAAGAAAUGACAGUAAUUCACAGUGGUCUGGCACUCGAUCCUUGGAAACGGGUUCUUCCUACUCCCGGGUCUUGGGCUCAAAUCUUACUGUGAUUCAGCAAGACUGUUGUUAACCUGCAAGAGUACUGAAGGUGAAUUGGAAGGCAGUACCCCUGUGCGUCCAUGUUCAGUGUUUGCAGGUUGACCUCAUGUGCUGGGAUGGGGUUUGUAAUAAAUAUAUCUUCAGGUUGUGAUGUUA